CGCCAGUUUUCAUGCAACUCCAUGGGCCAACCAAAAUCCGAGAAGGGCAAAACCAAUUUAAAUAAAGUCGCCAUCCCACCACCGCCGUUCCAGAUCUCGAUUACUCUUUUACCACCGCCGUCCAUGGAUCCACCUUCACUUACCUCUGGUGGAAAGCUGCGCCUCAUGUGCAGUUACGGCGGCCACAUAAUCCCACGGCCGCAUUCCAAGUCCCUCUGCUAUUUAGGCGGUGAAACUCGCAUCGUUUCCGUUUCCGCCUCCACCGCUCUCUCCGUCUCCUCCCUCAUUGCCCACCUCGCCUCCACCCUUCACAUCACCACGUCGUUUACGGUUAAGUAUCAGCUUCCUCAUCACGACCUCGAUGCCCUCAUCUCUAUUGCUAACGAGGAUGAUCUCCAAAUCAUGCUAGAGGAACUCGAAAGCCUUUCUGCCUCGCCCGAUCCUUCUCGCAUCCGGUUGUUCCUCUUCCCCAUCAAACCUACUUCGCUGGUUUUCACUCAGUCCAGUCUGCUGGAGGUUGAACAGCCAAGGGAGGGGAGCGGAGGCGGAUUUGGCUUGGGGCUGUACGGUGCAGAGUUGAUUCGGACAGAGUUGAGUCAGGUCCAGUCGAGUCGAAGCGGGUUGAAUCACCCGAAGACAGAGAGUUGGUUUGUUGAUGCGUUGAGAAGUGCGAAGAUAGUGCAGAAGGGAGAGAGUGGGGUGGCAGGCUUUGGAGCAGAGUCUGGGGGGAGUGGCCAGAGUGAAGGGAACGGUCUCUGCGGACAGGAGUCUAUUGCAUUGGAGACGAGUUCUUCUUUUGGCUCGACAUCCUCUUCAGUUUCCUUGUCUAACUUGCCGCCAAUCAAGAAUCAUGGAGAGGAUAAUUUGGGCCAGUUCCGGGAUUGCAAAACCAAAUUGCCCUCAUCAGAAUCAUCAAUUGCCAGUGAUAGCAAAUGUGCAAGCAGCAUUUCUUGUGUGCAGAGUGGAACUUGUCAAGACCCUUUUGUCCCAAUUUCUGCAAUGGAGAGUAAGAUAUCUGUCAACCCAUAUGAAUCAGACAGUAAAAUUUAUGAUCUUUUCUCUGGGAUCCAGAUGCAUACAUCAGGACAAGUUUCCGAGUAUCCCACAAAUCCUAAUUUGAAUCUACCGCAGCAACGAAAUGUACAAAUUAUUCAUGCCGGUAGUCAUCCUGUGUCCCACAACCCACCUGGCUUACUGCCAGUUGCAUCAUACAUUCCAGUGUAUCAACCAAUGCUCCAGCAGCAACAGCCCAAUUAUCAUUCCAAUCAACCUUUCCCCUUGUACCAUUUGCCUGGCACACAGACUCAGCAAUACAAUUAUGCAGUGCAAUGUGGACUGGUUCAUACACCAACAUUUGCCACUGGUCAGCCCCAAAUGCAUCUAAAUCCUUCAGGGGUCCCUCCCCCAUUGGUUUUGAAGGAGGUUGGAGUUGCAUCUGUGCCUGUACCUGAGUUAACCUCACAAGUAUACAGAAAUGCACCUACAGCAAACCAAGUAGUUCAUGUAAACUAUAAUAAGACUGAGCAGGAUCCUAUUGCUUCUCAAUUUCAUCACCAGCCUCAAUCAUUUGCAGGUGCUGUUGGUGAGACAACAAAGUACAAUAAUGAGCCUGAUGAUGACCCUGCUCACAUCCAAAUAUACAAAUCCCAGCCCCCGCCACCAACAUUGCCAUCUCAGUAUCAAACCAUGACCAAAGCCACUACAGCACUGCUAUCUGAGGCCUUGGCACAGUUGCAUACCAACGACCCUAGGCAAUAGAUCAGAACAUCAAAUCCACAAUGAGUACUGCUGAAGGGAAACAACUUUUGUGGUGGUGACUGGUAAUUUUAUUUUUUUGUCCAUUUGUUAUACAAGCAGAUAACUUGGUCUUCCACGUUUACCCUUGUUUGCCCUUUUACGUCUUAGCCUAUUUUUGUUGACAUCCAAUUUGUUUUCUUUCUUUCCUUCUUUUGGCUUGUUUAUCUGUCUUUCAAAUGUGCUUGAAAGUUGAGAUGAUAAUGUAGAAGUUCAAAAGAUUUGUUAUAUGCUUGCUUGAAGCAUCAGUGCUUCAGCUAAUGUAAUGUUAAAUGUUAUCACUAUCAAUGUAUCAGUUUUGUUUAAUGUAAUACAAGUAAACUUUUGUCCUCUAACUUACGAUUUCUUCAUGGAUGAGGAUACAUGUAUCUGUUUGCUGAGAGACAGCUUUUUAAUGUAAUCUAUGUACAGAGUGGAUGCUAUUGCUAUGCAUUUUGAGUAUGUAAUUUCUCUAAAAUUAUCAAAAUUUGGCAUUGAAGAUAAAGGAACAAGAACUGGUCUCUUCAAAAUGUCCCCCAAUUCUGCUGGAUUUUUUGGGUCCAAAUUUCUGCUGUAUUAGAAGCACAUUUUUUCACCUUAUCUGAUGUGAGCUUCUUCUAGAUAUGCUAAUGUUGUUGCAGUACAGGUAUGAGGGUGCAAGGUUGUUGUGGAGCUCUUACACAAGGUACUGUUAUAAU